AUGGGGGGUAUCGGUAAGACAACUUUAGCCAAGGUUGUCUACAAUAAGCUUUCCGACCAAUUUCAGGAUCAUAGUUUUAUUGCAGAUAUUCGAGAAUCCUCGCGAAGCAAGGGCAUCGCACAUUUGCAGGAACAAUUAAUAUUUGAUAUACUAAAAGAGAAUGAUCUAGUGUCUAAUACGGAUGAAGGAAUCGGGAUCAUAGCAUCUAGAUUUAAACGUAAGAAAGUCCUAAUUCUUCUAGAUGAUGUGGAUAAUAAUGAUCAGGUUAAAGCUUUGGUUGGGAAACGCGACUGGUUUGGGAUGGGAAGUAAGAUAAUAAUCACCACAAGGAUAAGUUCCGUUCUUGAUCAAGCUGAGGUGAAAUGCAAGUAUGCACUCAAGGAAAUAGCUGAUGAUGAGUCCUUGAUCUUGUUUAGUCGACAUGCCUUUAGGAAGGACUCUCCUCCGUGUGAAUUUGAGCCUCUCUCUUGUGAUGUCGUGUCCACUAUUAGAGGGCUUCCGUUAGCUCUUGAGGUUAUAGGUUCGAAUCUAUGUGGGCGGGACGAAGAAUAUUGGCAAGAUGCCUUAAAGAAGUUAAAGGAUGUACCACAUGAGCGAGUGCAAAAAACGCUGAAAAUAAGUUACGAUGCAUUAAACUAUGAGGAAAAGCAUAUAUUUUUGGAUAUUGCUUGCUUCUUCAUUGGAGCGGAUUUAAGAUAUGCAUCCUACAUGUGGGAUGCUUGUAAACUUUAUCCAAAGUUGGGGAUUGAAACAUUGAGUUUUAUGUCGCUAAUAAAAAUUGGAGAUGAUGGAAAGGUGCAAAUGCAUGAUCAACUGAGAGACCUUGGUAGGGACAUUGUUCGUCAAGAAGAUUACAACAUGCCUAUGAAGCGAAGUAGGCUAUGGGUGCAUGAGGAAGCCUUGGAAGUACUUGAGAGAAAUAAGAUGGCGAAGCACUUGAAAGUUCUAGAUCUUACACAUUGCCGUUGUUUAAAAGUUACUCCCAAUCUAUCAGCCUUUCAAAAUCUAGAGAUAUUUCGACUUAAGGAUUGUAGGAAUUUGAAGCAAAUUGACCCUUCUAUUGGAGCAGCCAAGAGCCUCAUAUUUUUGGACUUGCAAGAAUGUGAUGAACUCCGAGAGCUACCCCAAGAAAUGUGCAAGUUGGAAAAACUGAAGGAACUUGACAUAAGCGAGACUGCUAUAGUGGAAAUUCCUCCAUGUAUAGGUUCUUUGAGGAAGCUAGAGGUGCUUUAUGCUGCUGGUUGCAAAUCAUUGGUUGGACUUCCCGAUUCAAUUAGGCAUCUAGUAAAUUUGUCGACCCUUGACUUGAGUUUUUGCCCCAAGUUAUGCAAACUUCCAGAGAGUAUUGGAUACCUCGUGAAAUUAGAGCGCUUGUCAUGUGGAUUUAAUUACCCUCAUUAUCAUAUCACUGACGAUAGGAAGUUCCACCGGUUGAGUAAAUUGAUCUCGUUUGAUGCAGGCAUUUGCAAAUUACUUGAAUCCAUUGGGGAUUUGAAAAAUUUGAAAUUUUUGCAUAUUGCUUUUAGUAAUAAAUUGAGCAAUUUACCUAAUACUAUCAGCAAAUUGGGCAACCUUGAAGAAUUAGAUGCCACUGGUUGCAAAAGUCUAGGAGGGGAAAUUCAUAUAGAUGGGUUGUCUUCACUAAAAAUCCUUCGAUUUAAAGGGACAGGAGUUUUUGGCUUCCAUGGCACAUUCGAUAAGCUUUCUCAUCUUGAGAAACUUGAAUUAGACGAUUGUCAGAUGCUUCAAUCACUGCCAAAGCUUCCUACUUCUUUAACGGUUUUGGAAGUCACUGGUCAGCAUCACACAUUUCCUCAACUUUCUCAUUUAAUCCAUCUAAAAAAGCUUACUGUUGUGGAUUGCCCAUUGUUGGAAUCCGUGCCGGAGCUUCCCUCAGGACUAUCGGAACUUUCUGUCCACAAUUGUCGUAAGUUGAAAGAGUUACCGAGUUUGUCAAGGAAAUUGUCCAACCUUGAUGGCCUUGAACAUCUAGAAUCUUUGAAAAUCUUGCGUUUACAGGAAAUUGAUCAGGAAAUUGGUCCAAUAUCGAAUGGUGAUCAAUUUCCAGGCCCUGAAAAAUUGAAAAACUUGGAAGAUCUAAGUGUACUAGAAUGUGAAUCCCUUGUAAGAGUGGACGUUUCGCAAUUAACACAUCUGAAGGUAUUAGAUUUUUCUGGAUGCCACAGUCUACUCGAAAUUGGAGGUCUUGAGAGAUUGACAAACUUGACAAGGUUAAGUUUCGUGGGGUGCCCAUCCAUUGAAACAUUACCAGACCUCUCGUGCUUCAAUAACCUGCAAGAAGUGUUGGUUGACGAGUGCUUGAAGAUCCCUGUUGUUCGGGGAGUGACGAAAGCCAGAUAUUUGGGCGGAGGAUCGUUUGAGUGCUUGCCUCAGAGGUCCAAGUCCAAGUACGUGCCACCCUGUAACGUCAAAGUUGAGAAAGCAGAGGAAAUCGACUUCAAGAACAGGACGCGCAGCAACGUCGUUCUUUGCAGUCAAAUCCAGAUAAGUCCAACCAGCUCCGCCGGCAGCCAAUAA